CGCCUCGCAGGUAGAGCAACAUGUAGUAGUACAAGCACACCGUUGUGGUAUCACAUUGCUGGAGCGUGUAGAUAAUCGAAAUGAUUGUCAGCGCGAGUGUUACAAACAGCUGGAUGCUGCAAAUAAGCAAAUGCGAUGCGUGUGCCUUAUUAAAAACUUCCCGCAAAAAAAAAUACCGACCAAGUCAGUCUCCUACCAAGCACUGGGAACCGUCUGCAGCUUAUCAAAUCGAAUCGAAUCCUCCGGUUCGGUGUUGCUGGUGGAGUGGAACAACGAUUGGUUGGGACCAGCAUUUCGACCGGCGGUGGUACUAGAUGAUCCGAUUGCGAACGAUUUAAACAGAAACGACGAAAGACCACGCGUUAGAAACGAUGUCGACAUUUUGUUUUACUUCCGUGCCUUGUGUCGGUUGGCGAUGCAGUCAACUGGCGUCGUCUGACAACGAUCGGGGUCCACCUUGUCUAAAACGGCCAGCCAUUUUAUGGUUGUAUCAUCACUUCUCCAUUUUUUCCUCUUUUCUUACCUCUGACUGACCGUUCUCUUCUUUACCGAUCUGUGCAAGUAUCCAGUCUUGCAGAUUCUGUCACGCGCUGGCACGUGGUUUACCGAUCAGUGCUGGUUGAUCGUUCCGUUUAGUAACAAAAAAAAAACAAUGUCAAUACACUCUGAAUCGCCGGUGCAGCCCAACUGCAAUUCGAAACUGUACUCUCCACCAACUCUAGGGGAGCAAAGUGUACGCUUUCGUCCUGUUAUCGCUAUUUGCCUGUUUAGCUUGCAUUUAUUGUUCGCGAUCCUGAUCGUUGCUGUCGGCACCGUCGCCUCCACAGUCGGCUGGCCAAACCCCGAAGCCGAGGAUGCAUCCUCAGUUUACUUUAUUAUCAUUUAUCUGCGCAUCUGCUACUGGCUGGCGACGUACGCGAUCCACGAACGGAGCAAGGGAGAAUUCGUUCGUCUUGCCGAGCCGGACUUUGAUCACUAUCGCUCCCUGGCAGUAUACCGGAAAGCUCCGCUGCAGAUAGCUACCCUGUGGAACGUGAUUCUCCUCACGGUGCAGAACCAGGUACGAUACCUGUUUCCGUACGCGCAUCAAAACGCGGGCGAACGGGCCGCGGCGGGAGACGGAGGAGCACUCAAUCCAGCCAUCACACCGCAGGUGUUUGUCCUUGUUGUGUGUGCUCUGGAGCUGUUGGUGUUGUUGUGUUUUUAUGUGCCGCUGGUAAGGAUUCUGAUUGAUAUGCGAAAAUCGGAAGGCCAUGGCAAAGUGACGGACCUGCGCUAUCGUCGCAUGACGGACACGGAACUCGCCGAACAGCCGAUGGAGUGGCAGCUGGAACGGCAAGCCAUCCUGAUCAAACGGUAUCGCACGGAGCGCGAUCGGUUACAACGGGAAGCGAAACUGCUUGGCGUCGAUUACUGUUGAUCAGCAUCAUCGGUCGGAUGAUACAUCGUGCUUUGCUGUGUGUGGUGUAAAAAAGCCUUCUGCUGUACCAGUGAUCUUAGCUGGUUUCAUGUGUAAUUUUGCAUAUGUUUAUUUGUAAUUGUUUACAAAAAACAAUAAUAGUGUACCUCUAGUGCUAAGAAAACGAUGGGAAAUCGCACACAACUGUUAAAGGGGCCGGAAUCGCUUAAAUGUACGAAAUAAAGCCUGCUCACAAGAGAUGAUCGUUACCAUCGAAACACUA